GAACUACUAGAAUUUAAAAAGCAGUUGUAAAUGCACAGCUCGCCCAGUCAGCAUGGUAAUUGAAUUAGUUAUCAUUUAGGCAUCUAUGGUGGUGACUGCCUUUCUUUUCUUAUUUUGUUUUUAGGUUUCACAAUAGUCCGCUUCGCCGAAACUAAUGAUGUGGAAGCAGUCCCUUCGUCAUGGGUGUGCGGCCAUACGUGCUUGUGGCCAGUGGCCUACACCCCUGCCCGCCUCACAAAGGCUAUAUCGCAUUGUGAACUCCCUAGUGCCUCAUUUUCGAAGCACCGGGUGGUCGUCAUAGCUACAGCAAGUACAUACCUGCAUGCAAGAGCAAAGGCACGGGAGGCAGAAGAUACGGACAACGUGCCUGCUACAGAUACUGAAAUGGGCAGAGGCAAACGUCGCCGCCGAAAUGGCCAUGAAAUGCCAGACGAACCAGAUCUAAGGAGCUCCCCAUCUCCAUCCAGCAGCACGGAGUUGGAACCAGGCCUUCAUGCAAGUGCACUUGGGACACCACCACGUUUCGUCAGCGAUGAUAGCCCCCAGAGCCCACAGAUCACACCUGUACCUCUUCUUGAAGCAGAGCACCAGAGCCAACAGAGCUCACCUGUACCUCCUGUUCAAGCAGAAUAUGAGCACGGAGAUCGCCAGCCGGCAUUCAUGGAACCACAUGCACGUCAUGGAUCGAGUCUGCAAAUUGACGCGCCACAAAUGCAUCAGAGCCAAGAAAGUAUGCGAGUACCUCUUGUUGAAGCUAGGUAG